AUGACGCUUUUACCGCCAAUACCAGGGCCAAAAUUACACCCAUUCUUCUCGGAUCGCGAGACUUCAUCUACCGAAUGGGUUAAAGAGAUUGGACAGGGCGUCGACGCAGUAGUAUGGAAGGUCGAGAUAGCCGGAAAAUCGUAUGCAUUGAAACUGUUUAUGCCAGCCAGAUAUGACCUCGGUGAAUGCAUCGAGUGGGGCGACAACGACGACGAAGACGCCCGGAUCUUCGAGAGCCUCGAAUCGUACGAGAACGCCUUCUUCAGCGAGUGUCGCGCCUACGGUCGGCUCAAAGAAGCGGGAAACGAGGCCCUGGCCGUCCAAUGCCACGGCUACAUCUUGUUCACAGGCUCAGCCGAUGACCCACCGUCCAGCGGUGAAGACCCCCUACGUCUCCGCGACCCCAGGGACCCUCGACCAAUGCGAGCAGUCGUCAAAGACCUAAUCGACAGCUCAGUCCCGAAUUUCACCAGAAAAAUGGUGCCCGGUAUGAUGAAGGACCUCGAGGGCAUGCACCGGAUCGGUAUAUACACAGGUGGCGACCUCCGAGAGGACGCCUACCUCAACGGCAAGCUGGUCGACUUCAGUCGAGCGCAGACUGUGCCAGACGAGCGGAUGGGAGGCAGCAAAAUGUUAACAGAUCGCGAUGACGCCGCCAUGAACUUCACCGUCUUCGACUGCAUAAUCGAUCGCUGGAACGAGGAACACCCUCCGAGAGAGCAGAUACGACACAGGUUCCUUCCUAAUCUAGAAAUCAUCUGGCGUCUGCGAGGUCGCAAGCGGGCUGUGAGAAGGCGACGCCUGGAUCCGUGGGGCUUGAAGCGGUUUAAUCCCGUGGACUACGAUUGGGAGGGUGCUCUGGCACGGAGGGAGGCCGCGGGCAAAGAUAGGGGCACGAAACCUCGCGUAGGCGUUAGCGAGUCGGGCGUUAUUAAGACGCAAAGAAGAUGA